AAAGCGCAGAUAUAGGAUCAGUUUCACAAUCCCGUUGAGGACAAAUAGUUUUCUAUGGGCAGACUCUGGAUCGGCAUUCCAGUUCAUUGUGCAAACCAGAUUGGGUGGAGCAAGCCGGAAAUGUCUUGAAGGGAACUCUAGGGGAAUCAACAGUAAGCGGGCAAAGUGAUUUGAGACAGUCGACGGGAGAGGCAGGACUGCAAAUUUCUUGCCAAUGCAACUUUUUAUGUUUUUGUUAGAAUUACCUUGAAUGUUAACUGCGUGCGACAGAAGGCGCAAUUUUUUCACAGCGGAAGCUAACAAAUUAGGAAGGCUUGCUUGCCACGUCUGUAGAAAAAAAUUCUGUGUUUCCUGGGUAAUGAUUGCAGCAGGAAAACUGUCUUAACCAUCCAACGCCGGAUUACUUUGAAAAUACAUUUUAGAGUCCGCUGUUGGCAAGAGCGCACAUUCCAGUUUAUCCUAUUACGUUUGACUAUCUUCGCGGGGUGUAGCUGCUUUUUAUUUAUGUUCAGGACAACUCGAGUUUACUAACAAACAGUUUAUAUAAAACAAACGCACAAGGCCCAAAACACAAGAACAUGUCUGGAAACAACAGCAUCGAUGCGGUGAAGCGAAAGAUAAAAGUUUUACAGCAACAGGCAGAUGAAGCUGAAGAAAGAGCAGAAAUACUUCAGAGAGAGGUCGAGGUGGAGAAAACGUCAAGAGAACAGGCAGAGGCUGAGGUAGCUUCUCUGAACAGGCGUAUCCAGCUGGUUGAGGAGGAGUUGGACAGGGCCCAGGAGAGACUGGCCACAGCUUUGCAGAAGCUGGAAGAGGCUGAGAAGGCUGCGGACGAAAGCGAGAGGGGCAUGAAGGUGAUUGAGAACAGGGCCCUGAAGGAUGAGGAGAAGAUGGAGCUGCAGGAGAUCCAACUGAAAGAGGCCAAGCACAUUGCCGAGGAGGCCGACCGCAAGUAUGAGGAGGUGGCUCGUAAGCUGCUGAUCAUCGAGGGAGAUCAUGAGCGCACGGAGGAGAGGGCGGAGCUUGCUGAGGCUAAAUGUGCUGAACUGGAGGAGGAACUGAAAAACGUCACCAAUAACCUUAAGUCCUUGGAGGCCCAGGCAGAAAAGUACUCCCAGAAGGAGGACAAGUAUGAGGAAGAGAUCAAAAUCCUGACUGACAAGCUCAAAGAGGCUGAGACUCGUGCUGAGUUUGCUGAAAGGUCUGUGGCCAAGCUGGAAAAGACCAUUGAUGAUCUGGAAGAGAGACUGGCCAAAGCCAAAGAGGAGAACGUCAAGAUCCAUGCCACCCUGGACCAGACCCUGCAGGACCUCAACAGCUUCUGAGGACUCCCCCACAGGUGGACCCCCACUGUUCAAACCCCCCUCCAUCUCAGCCCUCUGGUUUCCUGUCCAUUUAUCUUUGGUCUCUUUUCUCCCCUCUCUCCAGUCUUGGCAUGUCCGAGAAGGAAAUAUUCCCAUUUGGGGGUUUAACCUUGUGCUACGUCUUUAUUCUCUAGUUGGAAUGAAGCUCAACAGCUUUGAUUGUUCUUGCCCCACUUUCGGUGUUCUUAAAUAUCUUGCGAGAUAUUGCCUUUAUCUAUUGGAAUGCCCUAAUAAAAAAAUAAUACUUCAGUGUAUUGUUUUGGAACCACUAAAGUUGUAGUUUAGUGCAGUAGACAUUAUUAAAAUGGCAUUCAAAUCCAAUGUAAGUGAUGUGUAUACUUAAGUGGGUUAAAAUGGACCCACUUAUUUCAUGCUUUACUACACUUUUAAUUCAUUAUUGGAAAUAGUAUGUUAAUACACGUAUAAUAUAUAUACCUCUUUCAAGUCAUGCAUGAAUACUGUUUAGUGUAUUAAAGUACAGCUUAGGUGGUUCCAGUAUAAUAUUCUUAUGUAUACUACUUUCUUGACUAGGGUGGUUUUAAAUAGAGAACUGUCAUUGCUUUUCAUUGGUAAAUGGGGCUAGUGCAACUGCCUUUUAAGGAUUCCUUGCCAUAAUAAAGCCCAUUUAGUUUCGAUCCAUUCAGGUUCAAUAAUAGAAAAUUGGGGCAAUGGGUCACACAUUGAUUUCUACCCUUGGGAUUCUUUUUUUUCAUGUAAUUGUUUUAUUUUUAUUGACUAUAACUGGAACUGGUGAAACUAAUGUGUGCUAAAGUAUCCUCUUUCUCUACAAACCUGAUGGUCAUUACUGUUUACAUGAUAGGGGUGGUUAGCUUGGGACUGCAGGCAAUCCUUCUGAGGUUGAUGUCUGUUUCAGUCAUUGGAUUUUUUUGCUUUAAUCCCCUUGCUUCAUGAUUCUUACCAGCUCUUUACUACUGAAUGGGAAUAUUCAGUUGACUUCGGUUUGCCUGUAUAACCGGGCCUUGUUUUUAGUUUCCUUGCACGUUUAUCCAAAUCCUAAUCCUCAAAUGUUCACAGAUCUGCCAAAGGGAUGCACAGUAUGGAAGAAGGGCAAUGCUGUACCAUCACCACAUAGCUUAAGCCAAUCCAGUCAUUUUCUGAUUAGUGAACACCAAAAACUACUAGAUGUGGUCAGAUGGGCCCUAGUCUGCCUGUCUGUCCUUACAUAAUUCAAUCCCUCCCUGUUCUGUGUUUGGGGACCAAAAUACAUUGGGUUGUCCUGAUAAUAUCCACAAUUUCUUUUGAUCAAUAUUGUUUUUUUAAUUUGAUUUCCCUAUAACCUGGGCAUCUAUCAGAAUUGUUGCAUGAUAUUUUGUUUUAUGUGUUUUCUCCUACUGAAAUAUCACACAGUCCACUAUCGAAGAAUGGCUGCACUUGUGUGAUCCACUAAUUCCUUGGCAACUUUUUAGUCCUAGGUUUAUGAUGUUAUCACUUCACCAGUACCAUUGUCCUGUGUAGGUCAGUUGGAACAGCGUGGGACUUGAGAUGCCAGGGUUGUGUGUUCACAGUUCACACUGAGGACCGGUAUGAGAAAGUAUGAAAAUCUAUACUCGCACUACCUAUAUGUGGCUAUGAGUAAGUGUCUGUGAAAUGAGUAAAAUGUAAAUAUACUGUAAUAUGUACCAUGCCAAUUACAGCGAAUGGGUGGGGAGGAAAAUGGAGUAGCACUGACUUUUUCAGCCUUAAGGUGCCAAUGGGUGUGGCUGAUCAGUGAUGCAAAGCAUAUUAGUGUAGCAGGGGGUUUGAUCUAGAACAUUUACAAAAACAAACUCAAUAUUUUAACAAAAGAAACACGUAUAACCACUUUGUUGACGUCUUGUUCCAUUGUAAUGACUAAUAAAAAGAAUAAAGACCAUCAUUUUAACUGCCUUGAA